AAUAGACAAAAAAGGAAAACAAAGUGUAUUUACUCAUGCACAGUAACAUUGUCAAAUGAGACGUAAUAAAAAAAGUGUGCAAUUCACACUACAAACAAGAAUUGGUGCGUAAUUGUGUUGUAGCACAUUUUAAAAUAGAAAACAAAUAGGUGAGUGUAUGUGGUCAUUCCAAUGGGAAAUCAGACAAUUGAUUAACUGUAGUUGGGCAGCUGUGUAGCGCUAUUCCGUGUGUUUUCCAAAAAAAUAAAAAGAAACUCAUAGUGAUGGCAUUUCAAUACGACGAAGAUUUAUCGGAGAAUAAAUUUUUUUGCAAACUACAACGCGAGCAUAAAAUUUUGAUUGAAACAGCACCAUUAGAAAAUUGGAUUGUGUGUAUACCAAGAAUGGCCACAAUCAAACCAGACGAUUUAAGCGAUACGGAUUUUUUAUUGGCUCAUAUUUUGAUACAACACGAUGAAAUACCUGAACAAUUCACGAACUUAUUGGGCGCCGAUGUAAAACAAAUCAAUGGCAAAUUACACAUUCGUUCAAUCGCAUCGACAAUACUAUUCGAAGAGAUUUUCUACACAAAAGGUUUACUCAAAUACAAAGUAUGGUGCAUCGAGUGGCCGUUAUUACCACGUGCUGCGAUCAAUUCACCCGACGAUCCGCCAAAUGGUAUAUUUAUUGUGCGUGGUCUACAAGAUGCGGUCGCCUUAAUUUGGAACGAAACCAAUUCGAAAGCGGUUUUUCGAAAAAUUGAAAGCAUCUGCUGUAGUUAUAUGAAAAAUACCAAUUGUACUGAUGGCGGCAGUGGCAGCGAUACAUCGGAUGUUCUUAAGCGAAUCAAACACUCGGUUGACAUUCUAUUGAACCAUUGCUUUAAAAAAUUGAUGUAUCAACGACGUUUGUAUGAAAAAUGUGUCAAUGAUCCACAUUUUAAGAGAGUUUUUAAAAUUGCACUGGAAACAUACAUUAUGGAUUUAUUGUAUCGAUGGCUGUUUGAUGCAAUCACCAUUACAUGCACCGAUGAAAAUGAGAAAUUCAAUCGAACCAUGCGCAAUUUGGCCGAUGCAUCGUUGAAAGAUUUUAAAAUUGACACCAAACACACCGAUAUCAUCAAUCGUGUUCGCAUCGAACUUGUUAAAAUGCCAGUCCUCACAACACCCAUUGAAAAAAUGUGUUGUUUACGACGAGCUUUGACGGCCGCGUCACAAAACCGUCAUACUGAUAUCUCUGUCGACGAACUCAUACCGAUCUUAGUAUUUGUUAUCAUCAAGUCGGGUCUCACACAUUGGAUAGCAACAAUGCAUUUUUUAAAACAUUUCAUUUUCACCCAAUUCACAGACGGUUCCGAUAAAGGUGUUGACAGUUUUUUAAUAACAACACUUGAAGCCGCUAUUUUGUACAUUCAAUCGAUUGAUUUGAUAGAAUUUAAAAAUGGUACAACCACAACUGGAACGGUGGCCAAGACAGACGUUAAAUUGCAGCGACGAUUUUCAACCAAAGACGAUUUUAUCGAUUAUUUAUUUGAACGGAUUAAAAAAGAAGACGAAGUGGAAAUAAUCAAAUUGUUGAAGACUGAUAAGGAUGUGAUAAUCGAUGGAGCUGAUAAGGAGAAUGUAAACAAUGACGCUCACCAUGACAACGACGAUGCGAUCGUAAAACGACCGACCGAUAUUGAUGAUGGAAUCGACGAAGGUGUUGUUGACGAAAUCGAUGUGAUAAGUAAAUUUCCAGAAUGUCGUCAAAAUUUACAGAAUACUCAUGGCAUUGGUCCUAUACACGUGGCAGCAAUGCAUGGCCUACCAAAAAUGUUAAACUCACUGCUAGCGCUCGGUGUUAAUUUGCAUAUUAAAGAUGAGAACAAUUGGUCGGCGUUACACUAUGCAGCUGGUCGUGGUCAUCAAAAUACAUUGCUGCUGUUAUUACAUGCCGGAGCCGAGAUCAAUGCUCUUACGAAUGACAAAAACACACCUUUACAUUUGUGUGCAUUGAAUGGACAUAGUAAUUGUGUGAAGGCGCUUCUCUACUAUUCGGACCAUAUGAAAGUGCGAAUCGAUCGAAAUGCUCAGAACAAAUUCGGUGAUACACCAUUACAUUUGGCAUCCAAAUGGGGAUUCACUGAGAUUAUCGAUACUCUCUUGGAAUAUGGUGUAAAAACGGACAUUCCAAAUCGAAUGGGCCAUACUGCAUUGGAAUUGGCGCACAAUAGUCAAAUUGCAACUGUUUUACAAAAUGUGGCAAGUCAGACAGAGGUGACAAGUGAUUGGGAAGAUCAAAGUGACUGUUCAAGUUCAUCAUCGCCAAAUACAUCACUAAAUCAUGAGGUAUUCCGUGGAUGUUUCUCAACCGGACUCAAUCAUUCGGUCGACUCGGUUUCUCUUCCGCAAAAAACGUACAAUGAUAAAAUAGUCGCCGCCAUUAAAAACAACGACACAAAACUUGCGUGUCAUUUUCUAGGCAUCGAACUACCGAAUGAUAUUUCUGAAAUGGUAUGUCACCCGUUGUGUGAUUGUGAUAAAUGUUCGGUAUUGUGUAAACACAUUACCGAAUAUUUAUCACAAAAAUCGACAAAUGCACAACAAGCGAUUCGAACGUAUGACGGUGAUGUAAAUGUGUGCUCUACCGAUGGCAUUAACCCACUCCAUGCCGCUGUACAAAUGAAAAAUCUAGACUUAGUCGAACGACUCGUAAAUUUAGGCGCAAAAGUUGGUAUUUGCACGAAAACAACACAUCAAAGUGCCAUUCAUCUGGCUGUGCUCACAAAGUCCAAUGAAAUUUUGAAUAUUUUAUUGAACCAUUUGGGUCCAGUUGACAAUGGAAACGAUUUAGAUAUUCAGGAUUCAAACGGUGACACCGCCUUAAUUUUAGCCGUUAGACUCAGCGAUAUAAAUGCCAUUGAUGCACUGCUUAAGCACGAACCAAACAUUCAAAUUCGCAAUACAGAUCGGAAAACAGCCACCGAAAUCGCAAAAUCUCUACUCAAUCUUAAUAUUAUGCGACGUUUAGAAGUUGCCGAAAGCAAUGAUCUACGCAACACUGUAUCGAAUAAAAAAAAAUGAGGCACCCCAUUUUAGUUUAA